AAAACGCAAGCUCCAAAUGCCAAUGGAGUGGGCACCGCGCUGUCAUAUGGUACUGUCGCCGAUUCUCGAGACAGGAUUGAGGCUUGAGCUGGCUCAACGGAGGCAGUCGUGACUUGGUCUUCAUAUCACAACCGAACCUCGACUUGGAAUAACCCAGCUGUGCGUUUACACCUUUCGUCUUGUGAGCGACGCGGCAUGCAGCGCGGGAACAAUGGGGCUGGUCAGAGGUUGCGCUGAGGACGCCAGAUGCCAUACCGCACAUAUGUCCUCCCUAACAUACGAAUCCAGGCUCAACGCAGGUUAUUGAUUAUGCUUGCGGGGUCCGAUCGGGAGCCAGACGUUUCAGCAGCAGCAGAGAGAGUGCAGCGAGGUGGAUGCUGCGCGGCGACGCGCCCCCUGAAUCCCUAAACUGAAUCUUGUGGACAGUGUUUGAGAGUGUGUGUGCAUAUGUGUGUGCGUGUGUGAGGGCGCGCGUGAAAGUGUGUGUGUUAGCACUUCCACAUGGCCUCCAUGCAGGACGGGGUGAACUUCUCUGCUCAUCCCUACGGCAAAGUACUGCUGCUGGGGGCCAUCGCCGCCGCCUCAGCCUUCGUUGUCACCAUUCUCAUCGUCGUGCUAUGUGUGGGCUGCCAGAGAAAGGGGAAGACACACAAUGGCCCUGGAGAGGAGAGGAAGCACAGGCUCAUGGACAUGAGUAUACUGCGGCAGUCCAAGCUGCGCUCCAUCAGUAAGUCAGACACCAAGCUUCAUGAGAUGAACAGACUCAACUGCAAUGGCAAGAAAUCUUCUAAGAAGAACCGUCCCGCCAGCAUGGAUCUGCUCCUACUCCCUAGCCGUCGCUCAAACUCCGACCUGCGUUCUCAGGGCCGCCAGUUGCCUCAGAUCCCCGCUGGUGAGGAUGGGGAACACACAUACGCUGAGGUGGGCCGCCGCUCCUCUCCCACACGUGGUUCUGAGGAUGCCCGCUAUGGCGUCGGAGGUCGAGCUGGGGAGACGGACACCCCCGCCCCACCGGCGGUCCCUGCUAAUACCCCAGCUCCACCUGAUCCUGACGGCGACUGCUUAGAGGGUGGGAUGCCGGAACCUGAGACCAUCCCCCAAGUAUUAAACACGCCACCUCAACCGCAGGAGACAGUGGAGUACGCCUGCAUCAGAAAGGUCCGGAGAGUGGACAAAGCUGCCCAGAAGAGGGACAAUGGGACGGAGACCGAGGAAGGGCUUGGACAACAACGACACAGUAGUGGGGACAUUCGGCAUGCCCCACCUACUCACCCAGCCCCGCCUCCAACACACCCACACAGUCAGAAGAUUCCUCGGAAAAACAUGGAGGGCUUCAACUUACCGUCUUUCCCCAAGGAGGCAGUGUUUAUGGGAAAUGGAGAGCAGUACAUAUGGAAACCUCCGGAAGAGGAUGACAUCAUCUUCCAACACAAGCAGAUGGGUAUUCUAAGCUCUCAUGCAGGAGAGAAUAUGGCAGCAUCUGCAGCAGGGAUCACAGAGAUGUAUUCGAAAGUCUGCAAACCAGGCAAAAAGAAGCGAGGCGUGCCUGGCUCGCCACCCGCUGCGAGGGACAUCAGCGGCUAUAGGACCUUGGCUCGGGGGGACCGCGGUGAGCGUGAUGGGGGUUUCAGCGUGGUAGUCAAACCCCAAACAUGGGCACCGCAGGAGGGUAAAGGCUCGAGAGCGCCACCCGGCUGCAUGGAGGACCACUGCUACGAAGCCAUCAGCACCGAGGAAACAGACCUGGCUUACGAGACCAUGGAGGGUGGGGGAGGCUGGAGGCGAGACAGGCCUCCGCCCAAUGCCAGCGCCACCUUGCGACCCAAGCGGAAGAGGCCCCAGCAGCCCUUACAACAACCACCGCCACCCCCCCCACCCCCCCAGCAGACCCCCAAACUACAGCAUCUCCCGGCCAAAGCAAUGCUGAUGCCCGGGGAGAGCCUGUAUGAGAGCAUCCCUGACCUGAAGCAGGGCUCGGCAACCUCCAGCACAACCACCAUCUUUACUUUUAAUGACGGUAUGGAGAUGUAUGUCACUGGCCUGUAGGGGGCGCUCUAGUAAAGGGAACUUUCCUUUCUAGGGCUUGAAUUUUGAAUUGGGACAUGCACACGUGUUGUAACCCAAUGGGAUACGCGCAUUGUGCCACUGCUAUAUAUUUUACAUGGGUUCCAAGUAUUAGUUGAGCAUUAAUUGAGUUUUGUAAGUCUAGUUAAAGGUCAGUAUUUUCGCAGCACAAAAUGAUAGAUUGAAAUGAUUUCGAUUAGUCACACACCUCAUCACGAGGAAGAAAAAUAGUCACCAGCCAUGAGAUAGUACCACAGACAAAACAUAUCACACCUAACAGUAGCAUUCCUGUAGAGGGAAUUCUUGUUUAUUUGUCAUUAAAUGUUGUAUUUUCGAACAAAGUGACCAUCGGAAUUGCGGGUCAAACUCGUAUUUGAUGCCUAGAAAAUCCCAAAGGAGAAAAAAAAACGAGCACAAGCCAAUUACAAAAGCAACGUCUCAAAAAGCACAGUCUAAUUGUGUUUCACAGCCCUCUGAGGAAAUUCUUUUGAUUCGAAGCAAAGCUCUGUCCCGUUUCAAAAAUGAAUAUAUAGAAAGUGAACUUUAUCAGAGAGCCAAUCAAAAGCUAUUGUCAAGCAAAAUACCAUAUAUUGACAAAAAGAAUUGAUCCUAUUUUAAAACAGCUAAAAGCUAUCUAUUAUCUAAAAGCUUUAGGAAAUACAUGGCUCUAUUUUUGUAAUAUCAAAGCCUCUAUUUCUGUAAAAAACUAAUCACAUAAUUUUAGAGUUAAAAUAAAGAUUCUAAUUCGAUUGGUCAAACAGAUCCUGUACGUCAAUAAAGUAUUUUCUUAUAAGCACAAAUAUUUCAUGCUCAGCAUGACGUCUGUCGUAGACAGUCCCCUUGUAGAAAAUUGAAGAGUAAAAAAUUAAUAGAUGGUAAAUUUCAGUUGUCAAUAAAGCAAGAUCACGGAGGGAAUUAGCAAAAGCUCAGGGACAGUGAAGAAAAAUAUUAAAUAAUUGCACACAAAAAUGUUAUGACAUAUAUGACAGGAGACCCCCAAUGUCUUUUCAUGUUAUUUUUUUGUUUUGGUCAUACAUCAAUUCAAACUGUCACAUGAGUCACCACAGUGCUUCAGUGCAGUAAAAUAAGUGUUUUUUUUGUCAAUAAUGUUUAUGCACUUUGCCUGAUUAAAAAGAUGCAUGCUUUCAAGAAGAAAAAAACCCUUGUAAAGGGAUAAAAAAAAAAAAAGAAAGUAAAGUGAAACUAGCACUGUCCUGUGGUAUCAGAGAAUGGUUUAUUUCUUGCUGUUGUUGGUGGAUUGUUUGAUUUAUAUGCCUUUUUCUUCAUCUGAGAAAGAGCACAAAGUGAAUCGCUUCAGGACUGGGGAGACCAAUGAUGACCCGAGGAGGACUCUCUAAAUAAAAAAACUGGACAGUUAGGAAUAUAACACAAUUGGUCAGAAGAAAUGUAUCAGACAAUCCCUUUCCCCCAUAAUUUCAGAAGCAGUCAGGAUGUCCACGUAUGUCCAGAUAAGAUUGAAUGGAAUCGCAUAUUCGCAAAAACUAUCCUGUAUGUUAUAUGGAAAUAAUGGGAGUUUAAAAAAGGUACAAUGACAAAGCGAUUUAAAAUUAGUGUAUGUUGCCCCAUACUGUAGGUACUGGGGUUUUAUGGCCAGACAGUGACGAGCUUCACCAGUGGACAAUGUCAAACUAUCUGUGAUCUGUGGACUAUAGUGGCCGCUCUCUCAGUGUCUUUGAAUCUGAUGCUAAUGUGAUCUGGAUUAAAUUAUCCCAAAUAGCUGGAGCACUCAGAAAGGGGCUCAGGUCAACCAAAUAUAAUCAAACCGCUUGUCUAAGCCUUCGUUGCUAUCAAAUGUUGGUGCAGUGUUGUAAAUAUGUUACAAACAGAAGAAAUGCAGAAAAGGGGGAGGGAAUUUGCUCUUGGUGUUCCUGAAAGUAUUUGUUUCUUUCCGGUUGUCCUUUCGGAAUGAUUUUUCUCUCGUGAAAAAUUAUCUCAGCAGUAUAUCUGUGAGUUUUGAUUAUGUGCUUUGGGAUUUUUUUUUUGUUUUCCACAUCAUUUUAGCUAUAUUGUGUAUCUCAAAGACCAGUUGAGUUUAGUGUGGCAGCUAAUGUUGUGCGUUUGCUUAUCAAACAACAGGGUGGUGUGUAUUAAAGCUGUGUAAUUAAGUACUAAUGUGCAAAAGAUUGUAAUGUUUUUAUAUCAAAAUGACUAUUCAUAAAAAUGUCGGGUCAAGUUUAUACUUUUUUAAAUAAAGUAGCACUUCAAAAAAAAACA